AUGACAAAUUCAAAAAAUUUUUCUAAAUAUCCAAAAACAAGCGUUUUAGCUGACAUAUUUAGAAAAAAAAUUCAAAAUUUAAAAACUCAUAAAGAGGUUGAAUUGAUUAUAUUAGUUGAUGGAUCAUAUAGUGUUGGACCAAAAAAUUUUUUAAGUGAAAUGAAAUAUAUACAAAAAGUAAUAUCAGAUGUUGAAGUUGGACCCAAAGCUUUUCGUUUGGGUGUUAUAAUUUAUAGUACUCAAGCUGUAGAUCAUUUGUCAGUAACCGAUGAAUUAGAUCUUGAAAAAUGUUCAUUAUUACAUGUUCAAAUACCUAAAAUAAAAUAUCCUGGUAAAAAUACAAAUACAAAAGAAGCAUUAGAAAAAGCAGAAAAAAUUCUUACACGUGCAAGAAAAGGAGCAGUAAAAAUUAUAUUUCUUAUAACAGACGGUUUUUCAAAUAUGGGAAAUCCAUUGCCUAUGGCACAAAUAUUAAAAGAUCAGGAUACAAUUAUAUAUACUUUUGGAAUAAUAAACGGAAAUGCAAGAGAAUUACUCAAAAUCUCAUCGCAGCCAAUUGAAGAACAUGCUUAUUUAUUUACUUCCUUUGACGAAUUUGAAAAAUUUGCCAGAAGAGCUUUACACGAAGAUUUAUCUCCGGGUACUUAUGCUCCAGUUAAAAAUUCAAAAAUGUGCAAUUAUCUUUGUACGAAUUCCUCAGAUGAGGGUUGUUGUUCAGAUGGCGCAAUUUGUACGUGCGGUCUAAUAUCCGGCCAUUUUUCUUGUUUGUGUCCUCCUGGUUAUUACGGAAGUGGUUUGAAAGGAGAAGGAUGUAAACUGUGUCCUAAAGGAAGUUACAGUCAAGGUUUAUUUCCGGGAGAUAUUUUAUCUUGUGCCACGUGCCCAGAUAAGUAUCACACUACAAUCAAUUUUCCCGCUUCGAACAAAUCGUUUUGUGUAUGUGCAAAUGGUACCGAACCUGAUGGAGAUAAAUGUAAAAUUGUAUCCUGUCCAACACUUUCACCACCUUCAAAUGGUUAUUUCGUUAAAAAAAAUUGUUCAAAUGUAAUAAACGCAGCUUGUGGAGUACGAUGCCAUAUGGGAUACGUUUUAACUGGAACGAGUGUUAGAAUUUGUCAAAAAAAUGGCACUUGGUCAGGAAUAGAACCAGAAUGUAAGGCAAAAAAAUGUAAUCCUUUAAAGCCCGUACCGAGUUCUCAAAUUAUCUUUGAUUAUUUGGUUGGGACAAAAUGUUCAUAUUCUUGCUUAGCUGGUCAUUCUAUGAUUGGAUCCAAAACUAGAGAUUGUUUACCCAUGUUAAAAUGGAGUGGUUUAAAACCUACAUGUAAAAAAAUUCAAUGUUCAUCUUUGCCUCAAUUACCCAGUGGAAGUAUAAAACCUCAAAAUUGUACAAGUAAGGGAAUAAAACAUUCUUUUGGAAAAAUUUGUAAAUUUUAUUGCAAUCCUGGAUAUGAAUUAAAAGGACCAAAACUGACCAACUGCACUGGAAAACAUGGUACAUGGAGUGAGAAAAACAAUCCAAAUCGUUGCGUGGAUGUAGAACCUCCAGAAAUUGAUUGUCCAAAAAAUCAUUCCACUAAAACAGAUGAUAAUAUGUAUUUUGCAACUUUGACUAUGACUUUACCUAACACAACUGAUAAUUCUGGAAAAAAACCUGUAAUUUGGUCUAAACCACCCUUUGAAGAAAAUUCAACCCUAAGGUUUUCAAUUGGAGAUAGUGAAGUACAAAUUUACAGCGUGGAUGAAUCAGGAAAUUAUGGUUUUUGUUCUUUUUUUGUAAAAGUAAAAGAUGACGAAAAGCCUAAAAUACUUGAAUGUCAAUCCCCGCCAAUUUUUUUUAUAAGUGAAUUACCUUAUAAUUUUACUGAAAUAUCCUGGAAAGAACCUGUUUUUGAUGACAAUUCUGGAAUUCCCGUUUCUAUCGUACGAACACCCGAUAAUUUCGUUAUAAAAAAAGGAAUAAAUUCAAUUAAUUAUACGGCAAUUGAUACGUCGGGAAACAAUGAAACAUGUUCGAUAAAUGUUACCAUAUUAGACAAUCCGUGUAGUGAAAUACCAACGGAUACAGACACUCUUUGGAAUUGUUCAAUUAAUGAUAAGAAAAUCACAACAUGUAAACUAUCUUGUUCCAGUGGAUAUGGAUUUUCUUCUAAUAACAUUCCAGAUGAUGUUAUUGAUUUAAAUUGUACUUAUUUUGGAAGAAAAGCUUAUUGGACACCAAAAAUAUACAUUGAUGAUGGUUUUUUUCCAGAAUGUACAGAAAUGGAAUUACCCGAAAUUGAAAUUGAAGUACCUGAUUCAUUUUGUGAUGAUUUAAACAUGUUAUCAAAUGAUUUAAAUAACGAAACAUUAUCGUUAUCAACGACAUUAUGCGACGAAGACAACUGGAAUGAAACUAGUGAUGAGUAUGAUGAUGAUGAUGACGAUGGUUUUACAUCGAAUGAAAAUACAUUUUUUGAUUAUGAUAAUGAUAGUUUUAUUUUUUCAAAAACCGAAAGAGACAAAAAUAUCAAUUCGAUUUUAGCAAAUUUAUAUAAGGUACCCGUUGAUAGGUACGAAGAAUUAGAAAAUCUUAUUUCAUCGGGAAAUGAAAAAGAAAAAAUAAAAGACGAAGAGAAUAAAUUUGAGAAAAAUCCAAAUAAAUCACAGAAAAAUUUAUUGUAUUCGACAGAAGAUGAAAUUAAUAAAAAAAAAUUAACAAUUGUACAAGAAGAAACUCAUAGUUUAAAAGAAAACGAUAAUGAUGAUGAUGAUGAUGAAAAAAUCAGAGAAAAAAGAAAAGUUAAAAGGAGGAGAAAAAAAUUAAAAAUUUCACUUAAAGGUGCUAUUGGAACAAUUGAAAAUUUAUAUGGAAAAUCAGGGAAAUCAAAAAUAAAAACAAAAAUUUUUUGUAAAAAUGGUUCUUUGCCAAAAAAUAAUUUUUGCGUUAAAUGUCCAAAAGGUACUUUUCACAACGUGGACAAUUCAAAAUGUGACCCAUGUCCUAUUGGCCAUUAUCAAGAAACAGAAGGUCAAACAUCAUGUAAGUCUUGUCCUCGGGGUUUUUUGACGAGAAGAAUUCGACGUAAACACGUUAAACAAUGUUUAAAAAUAUGUCCUCCCGGAAGUUUUGGAAACAUAACCAGGGAAACGAAUUUAUCUCUAUCACCUUGCACAAUGUGUCCCAUAGGAUUUUAUCAGGUUUUCGAGGGGCAAAGCCGUUGUGAAAGUUGUCCUCGAAAUUUGACUACUUUGAGAAAAGGAUCCACGAAUGAAAAGUUUUGUGUCAAAGCCUCAGAAUUCGAUGAUGCGUGUACGAAUAUUAAUUGUAGAAAUGGAGGACAUUGUUUUGUAACUGAUGGAUUUCCUCAUUGUCAAUGCCUUCCAGGAUUUAUAGGAUCGUUUUGUGAAAGAACUUUUGAUCCCUGUGGUUCGGAUCCGUGUUACAAUGGCGGACAGUGUCUUCUUUUAGAUUUUAUAAAUUAUAAAUGUCAAUGUUCAGAAGGAUUCGAGGGAGAAUAUUGCGAGAAAAACGUUGACAAUUGUUUUUCAAAUCCGUGUAAUAAUCGCGGAGAGUGUACGAAUCUGAUAAAUGAUUUUAAAUGCGAUUGUCAUUCUGGAUUCACAGGAAAAACCUGUAACGAAUCAUUAAAAUUAUGCCAAGAACUUGAACCUUGUUUAAAUUCCGGUACGUGCAUUGACGUAAAUGAAACGUACGAAUGUGUUUGUCAAAAGGGAUUUUACGGACGUCAUUGCGAUGUUAUUUACGAUUGCGAUUAUGAAAAUUGUACCUCUGAAAUCCCGAAAAUAAUACCUGAUCCUUGUGAUAAUUAUACCUGUUUAAAUAAUGCCCAAUGUGUGUCUGAUAGAUUCGGUCAACCGACUUGUACUUGUAUUUCCGGUUUUCGAGGAAAUAAUUGCGAUGAAGAAAUAAAUCCCAACGUUAUAUUAAAUUUUCCAAAAUAUGGAGUGACCGAAUAUUUGAUGUCCGAUUUUCCAAAAAAUGAUUUAACCGAAAUAUCUGUUUGCGUUUGGAUCAAAACCAAAGACAUAUUUAAUUAUGGUACAUUAUUUUCUUAUGCCACUUUGGAAAAUGAUAAUGCUUUUACUCUAACCGAUUAUUCAGGUGUAGUUUUAUACGUUGAUGGCAAUUAUGUCGUCACCGAUCUUCAAGCUAAUGAUGGUUUUUGGCAUUUUAUUUGCGUAACAUGGCAGUCACUCAACGGUCAAUGGGAAGUAUUUUUAGAUGGUGUAUUGUUUUCAAACGGAACCGGAUUAGCAAGUAAUAAUAAGAUUAAAGGAGGUGGUAAAUUGGUUGUCGGUCAGGAACAAGAUAGUUUAGGUGGUGGUUUUAACGAUGUGGAAUCGUUUGCUGGUCAACUGACAAAUUUUGACGUGUGGAAAAAGUUAUUAACCCCUGCCGAAAUAGAAAUUUUAUACGGAGCAUGCGAUCCAGGAUUUGGAAAUUUUAUUAGCUGGAUUAAUUUACUUCAAAAUAUUAAUGGCGACAUAACGGAAGAAGAAUCAAUUUUUUGCAAAACGUGCGAUUCUAAUCUUGAAAUUUAUAACGGUGAAAUCACGUAUGAUUUUUCAAAACAUGGAAAAGUCGCUAAUUACACUUGCAACGAUGGAUUUAUCAUUAAAUUUGAUACCGAUAAUAAUUACAAUGAUGAAAAAAUUACAUUUUAUCAAAGGAAAUGUAUGAAAUAUGGAGGAUGGCAAAGAAAAGAACCGAAAUGCGGAAGAAUUUCUUGCGGUUUUCCCGGUUAUUUUCUACGAGGGAAAAUUUCUGGAGGAUCUUACUUAUACGGUGAUGAAAUUACAUACAGUUGUUCACCAGGUUAUACAUUAGAGGGUAAUAACAUCAGAAUUUGUUUAUCUAAUGGAACUUGGAGCGGGAAACCUCCUACUUGUAGUGGUUAUUCUACCGAAUGUGAAAAAUUAAUGGCACCGAGAUACGGAUCAAUGUUUGUGUAUUUUAAUAAUACUAAACCCUACAGUUCAUCCACUGUUGCCAUCGGUGAUAGAGUUGAAUUUACUUGCGACGAAGGUUACGCGAUAAAAGGGUUUCCUAUAUUAACUUGUAUAGAAGGCGGUGUUUGGGACCGUGAACCUGCUACAUGUGAAAAAAUCUCUUGUAGAAUACCCAUAGAAAUUUCAGAUGUUCUUCCACCUACCCUUGAUUUUAAUUCGAAAUUUUAUUAUGGAAAUAUUAUAACAAUAACAUGCCCGUCUGGAUCAACAAAAAAUAUAUCUUGCGGCCAUCUUGGUAAUUGGAAUUAUACGGACGAUGUUUGUAAAAGCUUUUGCGAAAAAAAACCGCCACGCUCGAUAAGAAACGGGUAUUUUGUAGAAGAAAAUCCCAAAACUUUUUAUAACGAAGAUGAAAUUCUUAAAAUAAAAUGUAAAGCUGGUUUUUAUCUUCAAGGAGAUAAUUAUUUUAAAUGCUCUGAAAAUGGAACGUGGAUUCAAAAUCAAAAAACCGUUUGUCUACCUAUUAAUUGUGGUCCACCACCUCGGCCACCACCUGCUUAUCAAAUUGUACACGAAGAAGGCUACAAUUACAAAAACAAAAUUUAUCUUCGGUGUUCUAAAGGAUAUAUAAGCGCGGGAGAAAUUUUUAUGCGUUGUCAAGCUAAUGGAAGAUAUUCUCGCGUGACCAAUUACUGCAAUAAAAUUUCUUGUGGUGCACCAAUUUUACCUGAUAACUAUCAUAUAGCGUCUCAUAAUUCAGAUUACACGUACGGUAGUAAAAUUUCUAUUUAUUGUACUAAAAGAAUAUUUUCUAAUCAGAAUUUUAAUAACAUUAUUGAAUGUCAAUCAGAUGGGAAAUGGUCCUUUGUACCAAAAUGUGAAUAA